CUGUCUAAACUUGUGAAAAGUCGAACAACAUCCCGCUGUGUUUCACUUUCCCUCCAGUAUCAUAAUGAACAUAAUAAAGACACCUGGACUCGGUUGAGACCAAGCUAUCGCUGCCACAAGAAAGUUUUAAACACCAAACACAAGCAUUUAGGUACAAGGAGUGCUAGCGAAAAGCUAACACUAGCAUAAGGCUAACUUCAAACUUAAUUUAUUUCUAAAGCAGUGUUAGAACUUUUUUGACAGCAUGGUACACAUUAACGAUGGUAUUACUAUAUUUGUCCUAUGUAAUUUGUUAUCAUAUCGAAGAGAGAAAUUGAUAUUUACCUCACACAAUAAUGAGUAGUCACUUAGCUAGCCUCCAGUUGCUCUGUUCACCUUCAGCUCCCAUGCUUUUUGCCUUUUUGGUUCACGGGGGAACUUGUGAAAUCUUUUGCCGCUUCCCUGUCUUUCAGUGCAGCCAAACGUGCAGCAGUUGGGCAUUUUUUCCGUGAUUUAUGCCAUUUUUUAAAUCAUUUAUUCAAUUUUUCCACUAUUCCCUGCACUAUGUCAAUGGGAAUCAGAUGAAUGUUGGUAUCCAACAUGGAGUCCACGAAACACGUCACCACCAUUGGAACCAAUCGCAUAACGGGAUAGCUCAGAACAUUUCAUUCCCUAGUUGGCAAAAACUCUCUCUAAUAUACAGCGCUGGAGCGGCUGAGACAAGUGCGACACCUAGUGGUAAACUCGCUAUACCGGUCUGGUGUUUGGCUUGUUAUCAAAGUGGUUUGAAAAAGUUAACACAGGCCCAAGCCUACGUAGAAUGCCGUGGUUGACCAAUCCUAAUCAAGUAUUUAACAAGGCUGUGUAAUAAACAUAUCUAUUGACUGAAAAAAGGGGUGUCAACAAAUAUUAUAAGUUCAAAUAUAUAUUCUAAUUGUAAAAAAACAGACAAUAAAAUACAAAAAUGUACAGUGUACUUGAAUAUUGUGAAGACUAAAACAAAAAGCAGCACUAUCGCGGCUGUGUGCCUCGCGCCUUCUCUCCCUAAAUGUUCAGCUUCCUGUCUGAUUGAGCCCAGCUGGUCGGGAAGAGAGUUCACAGCGAGUGAGUGGGCGUGCUGAUGAUGGUACAAAGACCCCAACGAAAAUAUAACUGGAAAGACAAGGAGAUUCAGGAACUUCUGUUGCAGCAGGUGCCGGAGAUGGAUGGUAACUCAGAGGGCGACAAUACCAGUGCCGACAGCUUGACCAUCAACAGUGGGCCAGAGCGCAAUGGACAAAGUGGAGCAGCAUUCCUGGAUGGUAAGGAUGCUCACUCCGUCCUCAAGCGUUUCCCGCGAGCCAAUGGCUUCCUGGAGGAGUUGAGACAGGGCAACAUUGAGAGGGAAUGUGGUGAGGAGAGCUGCAGCUUCGAAGAGGCAAAUGAAGUGUUUGAGAACAAAGAGAGAACGAUGGAGUUUUGGAAAACUCGUAGCGUUUACACAGUGAGCAGCAACAGCGAGGGGCGCUCUGAGUGUGCCGACACUGUCUACAUGGUGGUUCCUCUGCUGGGCGUUGCCCUGCUACUAAUCAUUGGCCUCUUCCUCCUUUGGAGGUGCCAGCUUCAGAAGGCUACUCGUCGUCGCCCUGCCUACACCCAGAACCGCUACCUGGCCAACAACCGCAUGCCACGCAUUCUGGUUCACCGGGAAGCGCACACUGAAAGCUUGCAGCAGGACUCCAGCUUACGGCCCACUGUGGUAGUGAGUGGUGCUGAGAGAAGAGGAGUUUCCCAGUCGGACUCCCAUGGCCUCCACCAGCAGAACACUUGUGCCCUCUAUGUCCAGGACUCGUCCCAGUCUGUGGCCUCACAGCUGUCCGGUGCUACACCGCCUCCAUCUUAUGAAGAGGUGACAGGACACCUGGAAAGCAGUGGUGAUGAGACUUCAGCACCUUCAUACAGCGACCCUCCACCCAAAUAUGAGGAGAUCAUAAAGAAGAUAUAAGACAAAGGAAAUAAUAAUUCUGCCAUGGCUGCUGCUUCUGUGUCUGAAGGAGGUCAAAGCUGGCAUAAGAGCAGUUACUGCCUCAGUUGGUGCUGCUGGUUACUGAAACUCAUGUUGUAUUUACCAUAUUUCUGCACUGAGCAAUACCUUUGAUUCACCCAUGGGUACAACCUAAAGCCAGUCCCCCAUGAUUACAUGUGCUACCCAGGAUAAUACAUACAGUUUAGCUUAACACAUUAUGUAAAAACACUGCAUUGGGGCGGCUGUGGCUAAGUGGUAGAGAUGUCGCCUGCCAAUCGGAAGGUUGGUGGUUGGUGUCC